AUGAUUGGAUGCCGCGCUUGUCGAAUGUUACGGAAGAAGAAAUCCUCCGCUGAUUUCAACGGGAGGAGGAUUUGCAGUCAGUGCCGUGCUGACCGUUUCCCACACCGACCUGCUUGGAUCGAAGUAAGGGGUGUUGAAACCAUUGCACUAUCGAAAAUCCAAGACAGUGCCGUCAACUUAACGCUGACGCGCGCAAGGCUAUUGAUCGACGUAGAAGGCCGAGGCUCCGUGGCUGUUCAAUCGGCCAAGCUGACUUUGGAGCUUCUAUGGGAAUGGGCACCACGCGUCAGGAACGCGUCCGAUCCGCUAUUGGUAUGGCUCGCUCGCAGAGCACCCUUCAUUGCUUCACACAUGGCCCCACCGCUUCCAACAUUGAAAAAUACUUCGUCGGAUUCUAAAAAGUUUGAACUGGCUAAUAGCCGAUUGGAAGUAGGGUCCUAUCCCGAGUUGGCGAGCAGCAGACUCCCUCCCAUGUUCGCGCUACUUUCGGCCUACCUUACGACAAAGUAUCCCGGCGUGCAGCGGGUGAUACUGGAGGUGGAUGACACGCUCCGAGCCGGCGCUAAAGAAAGCCUUAAUGGCUAG